AUGGCCCCACCACCAAACGGCGCUCUUAAAAAUGUGGAAGAGAAUCUUCGCGCCGUGAUUGAAACACUCUAUGAGAUUUCGGUAGGGGUCCACGAAUUCCAAGGUCCCGAGUCGGUGGAUGUCAUUGCCAAUCUCAUAAACAAACUCUCCACUCAAUACCAAGCCCUCGAUUCUGUGGCCGCCAAACCAGAGCUCGAUGUCGCAGUGCCUCGUGAAGUUAUCCAGUACAUUGAGGACGGUCGCAAUCCCGAUAUCUACACGCGCGAGUUCGUCGAGAUCGUUGUCAAGCAGAACCAGUUUAUGAAAGGCAAGAUGGAGGCAUACAGAGACUUCCGUGAUGUACUGGCGGAUCAGAUCAAGGUUUCGUUUCCAGAAUUAAGGGAGAAGGUGGAUGAGGUUAUUGAGGGGACAGGAGGGCGGAAGAGAAAGGAGGAAGGUCAGAAUGGUGGCACUUCUUGACCAUUAUGGCUGUGGGCGACCCUCUCGAUUUUUUUCCUACCUAUUUUCUUUUGUCUUUCCGUAAGGCGCAGUGGGCGUUAUAGUAUCGUUGGCGACUCAAUACUCCGGCACUUGAGGGAGGAUAUUUACCGCAUUCUUAUUCAAUAACCAAUAACCAGUACAGCUAAUACCAGUUCUGGGUGGCAUACGGUAAGGCGUUUCUCUUUCUGUGAAGAAAAAAUUAAAAAAUUUACUCUUCUAAAAAAUACAAAA